AUGCAGUGGUACACCAUCACGAAGAAGAGCCUCCGGGUCACCGGUUUGCGGAAACCAAACCGUCCUGUCUCGCGACAUCAACGACCCGGCGACAUGCGUCGGUGCAAUGAUGGGCUGGAGACCGAGAGCUACGAAAUACUCAUAGAUCACAUCUUCAUCCAAACUGGACGGGAUACGGGGCGGGCAUUAAGGCUCGCGGUUGAUGGCGUAAAGAAUGUCAUUAAUGCCGAAUACGCUGGCGAUGCGAGCGGCAGGGAUAAAUACUUGGACCUUGUCGUCGGAGGCGACACGAGCACGCUGGAACUCCCGAAGCGCAAGGACACGGAGCUUCUGCGCAGACGCACGCUGCUCAAGAGCCUCGUCAAUCGCAGCGAAGAACUUGUCAGUUAG